AUGGCCGUCGCACCCCCAAACCGCUUCCGUACCGCGGCUGCCAUUGCCGUCGCCGCCGCCCUCGGUGUCGGCUACACCGUCCGCCGCAACUCCAACCGCCUCCGUGAAAACGAGCUUGUCCAGCAGCGUGCGCGGACCGGCACCGCGACGCCCGUCACGACGACGAACCCGCCGAACCUGUACGUCAGUGUCGACCGGAGCGGCGGCGGGAUUUGA